UACAAGACUAUGAAAAGCGACCUGGGGUAAGAAGUAUAUAAACAUAUCCUCACAAGCAUCAUUAAGCCAUCGCUCUCCUCAAAGAUACCAUAUCCAGCUCAUAGACGCAAAGGCGCGAAUUCCUUCUAUCAAUCCAUUCUCAUCAACAAUCACCAUUCCCCGCAAAAUGCCGCUAACCACCACGACGACAACGACGACUACCACAACAACCACUCCCACCAACCCCCUAAUCUUCUACGACAUCGCCACACGCCCUCCCGCCGCGAAGAACGCCUGCUCGCCCAACCCCUGGAAGACCCGAUUCGCGCUCAACUUCAAGAAGCUGCCGUACCAGACCACCUGGGUGCCGCUGCCGGAGGUGGCCCGCGUGCGGCAGAGCCUGAACGUGCCGGCGUGCCGCCAAUUCGCCGACGGCAGCGACUUCUACACGCUCCCGAUCCUCCACGACCCCAACACCUCCGCCCUCCUGGGGGACUCCUUCGACAUCGCCACCCACCUGCAAACCACCUACCCAACCGCCGGCGACGGCGACCUCUUCCCCGCGCAACCCCUGGACUACACCUUCCCGCUCGACCCGCCGCCCAUCGUCCCGCUCUCCGAGUGCAACGCCAAGAACCACCCGGCGCUGGCCGCGUACGCCCGGUUCAACGUGCACGUCGACGCGGCGUUCACGGCGCACGUUCAGCUGACCGUGCAAGGGUUUCCCUUCGACCCGGCCACCGAGGCGGCGGCCAAGGCGGAGUUCGUGCGGCGGGCGGUGCUGGCGGGCGCGCCGGUGUCGAGCUGGGAGGACUUCAAGUGCGAGGGCGAGUAUCGCCAGAACCUGAUCACCUCGCUCGAAAAGACGCUGGGGGAGCUGGCCAGGUUGUUCGGGCAGACACCUGAGGGCGGCCCGUUUGUGCUGGGACAUCGCGCGUGUUAUGCGGAUUUCUUGGUCGGCGCGUGGUUGCGCAUGUUCAGUGUCAUGCUGCCCGAGGAGGAGUGGGCGUUGAUCAAGGGGUGGCAUGGGGGUGUCUUUGGGCGGUUGCAUGAUGCGUUGGAGGUUUAUGCGGUGAUGAAAUAGGUACCCAGGGUUGGUUUGGAUCUGGGUUGGGUUGGAGUGUGGGUGUUGUGGUUCCAGGUUGGGGGGUAUUACUUACGAACGACCUGUCUAGCA